AUGCCACCUAGAAAGAAGAACACGGCAAAGAAGUCCUGUGGCGGUUCUGCCAAGAAACUUUUGGCACCUGUCGGCUCUCCUCCGGUGCCCGCUGCGUCACACGCCGAAUCGUCCACGUCAUCCUUGGAGCCGGAAGACACUAGGACAACUGAAGAUCACAGUAUAUGGUGUUUGAUUUGUCGCGAUGGCGCGGAAGGUGACGUUAUACUUUUUGAAUGCAACACGUGCCCCCGCGUCAUGUGCAGCAAAUGCAUUGAGGUGCCCAAGGCCCAUAUUGAUGACGUCCGACAUACGGACGUAAUAUUUUUAUGUCUUUCUUGUCACUCGUUGCGGACGAUCAAGGAGCCCACGCCAUAUUUUGGCUUCUAUCAUAACGUUUUGCCAGAGCAAGGAGGAACGCCUGUACUCCCAGGCUUCCUGCAGCUCAAGGGCAAGUACGAGCUGGCGUCUAGCUCCAUCUUGGCAGCCACACCCCUUGCCGUCGUCCAUUUUAUCCUUGGUGGCAAGGACAGAAUCCCGACACCUGUUCCACUCCUCUCCCAUUACCUCGACAAGUUCUACCCCAGCGGCGGGUUUCUGUACAUCGAGAUCUUGUUCGACGUUGCUUCAUAUCAGCAGAUCGACAACUACACCCACGACCAGGUUCGAACGGUUUCUGAGCUCACCAGUCACCUUGGUUCCACCGGUCGCGUCUUUGCGUUUCUCUCCAACCAUUCGGAAGAAGACAGUGGGUGGCUCUUUGCAGGGAAGGAGGGUCAAGGUGAGGGAGAGUAUGUUGCGAUGGAAGUUCAGCAUGUUCUCUCUACAGUGUUAAAGCCCUAUGCUAGGAUCCUCAAGUCCUCCCACAUCGUCUUCCUGGUCUGCGGCUCUGUGGUGGCGCACGAGACACCCUACACUCAGCUCAAGGAGGCCGUUCUUCAAUUCGACUUCGCGGGCGCAAUCAUCUUUCCCGCACCUCGCUUUCAACCUCUUGUCGCCACGAAUUUUUUGGUUGCCAUGAUGGAACUUGUCGCGAUUGAGCAACUCAGCAUCCGCAGCAUGUUUCCCACUCUCCUUAGUAUGUCAGGUUGCCUCGGUCAGCACACCAGCAUCAUCCUGAUGACUCGAGUCAACAUUGAAGGUUGCUGCAAACUGGAACUGACUACAUUUGCGCGCGCUCACACUCAGACUUCACCUUGGGGCCUGGAUAUUCCUGCACAGUGCCCCCAAUGCGGCUCUACCAAGAGCUGGGCCGAGAGGGUUGCUGUGACGGUUGCUGAUAAGAGUCGCGACGAGGACGCCCCAGACCGUGUCUCUGUUUGCCGGUACAUCUACACAUGCAAGUACACCAACUGUGGUAGCAUGCAAAAGUUGCCUCCCUACAAGUUGUCCGUCACCAAGCCUCCUGGGUCAAUUGUCAACAGCGCAAAGACCAAGAACUGCGCUUGGUUCCAGUCGCCUUCUACUCAUUUUGUACUUCAGUCUUCAGCUGUGUCUACCCAAGGCAAGCGCAUGAAUGAGGGGGUGCCUACUGGGACUGCCAAGAAGGCGCGCAGGUUACGCGACGCAUACCCACCCCUGCCAAAAGCUCCUGACUUAUACAACGUGUCAUCAAUGGCUGAAUGGUAUGCUUCUUGGGAGGGAGUACUGACUCUCCACAAAGAUCAGUUUGUAAAUGGAAAGAAUUCCCGUCACAAUUUGCUGAGACAGAUCCGCAAUGAAAUUGUCGCAAUUCAUCACACAAGAGAGGAUCCCGAGGAUUUACCAAAGGGAUUGAAAAAGGCUAUCCGGAGGUACUACCUCCAGUUCUUAACGGACGCUGAUGAUCGGCGUGAUGAGCAACAGAUCUUGGGAGAUGACUCAGAGCUGGAGGAAGAACUUGGCAUGUCCCCUGAGGACAGAGAGUUGGCGGCUCGUCCUAAGGACGCAGGGUUCUACAAGAAGGAGCUUAACGCUUGGGACGUCACACAGAAACUCUUUAAGCAGGAGAUGGACGACUACGAUAAGGAGCAGCAACAGAAGAAAGGCAUACAACAUUCUAUUAAGUAUAGGACUGGACAUGCGAGGGAAUGGUUCAACAGCAUGACCUCUGCACAUCGGAAGGAGGUUGAGGAGGCGAGGGACAAGUGGAAUAGGGAUGGCGCCCCAGCAGAAUCACAGGCAAUGUAUCGAAAGAAAAACCUCAAAAAAGUUCUCGAUGAUUUUACAGAACAGAUUCGUCGUACUAUGGGUUGCCGACUCGUGAUGUUGGUCAGUCACAAGAAAAAUGCCGAUCAGACUUUAAGUGUCAAGAUGUGA